AUGAGUAACAAUCCAGAUGAUUUAGAUGAUGGUUUAGACUAUCAAGUCGACUCUGAACCAGAAGCUGAAGGGGUUGAAAUUAAAGAAGAUGAAUCUGAAGAUGAAAUUGUUAAACCUUCAAAAAAAGAAGAAACUGAAAGUAAAGAGAACCAACCAACUGGUAAAAAAAGAAGAAAAACAGACGAUAAAUACAAAGAAAAGAAAAGAGUCAAGAUGGAACAAGAUAUAAACACAAAAAAGAAAAUCCCACAAUUAAAUUCAACAGAUCUUGCUCAUCAUUUUUCACAAUUAUUGAUUAAAUUUAAUAAAGAUUCAACACAUUUAGAUUAUUUUAAAAAAAGUGAUUUUGUUGAUGGUUCAAACUAUAAAGAAACAAGAAAUCUGGAUAAUUUCAAAGAUUUCACUGAUAAGUAUAACAAAGGUUUAACCAUAAUAUUAUCAAUAAGUCGAGUAAGGAUUGGUGAUUUAUAUAAAGCUUUAGGACCAAAGAGUAAAGCAAUGAAAGUUGGAAAAGGAUAUGAAUCCAAAGUUCGUGAUGAUACAAAAUAUGUUUUAGGAACAGUUGAAAAAAUGUUAAACUUUGAUUUUGGAUCUCAUGAAGUUAAAUCACUAAUUUUAGAUACUACAUACCAAGAUCAAAAAUCUCAUUCAAUAUUGGAUGAGCCAAAAUUAACAACUUUAUUGAAAAAAUAUGAAGGAAAAAAAAUUAUUCUUUAUUAA